AUGUUUGCAAGCUUCUUCUUGAUCCUACUGUUCCUCUCAAAUUCAAACCUCGUCGUUGAUUUGGCGUUUGUUUCAGGAGAGUCCGACAAAGAUCUGCUGCUCGAGUUCAGACAAAACCUGGUGUAUGAUUCCUCUGUUUCAACUAAGCUGUCGCAGUGGGAUGAAUCCACUGACUUCUGCCGAUGGGUGGGAGUGGAAUGCAACGGCGCGCGUCGCGUCUCCGGCCUCGAUCUCAGCGAGGAGCCCAUCUCUGAUUACAUCAAGAUCAACACCAGUCUUCUCAGGCUAACACAUCUGCAGAGUUUGAGUUUAGCUCAAACCAGCUUCCAUUUCAAGCAGUUUCCAUCAGGCUUCGGACAGCUGACAGAGUUAAGACAUCUCAACCUGAGUUAUUCAGGUUUUUCUGGGCAGAUUCCAUCGGAUUUAUCCAACUUGACGAGGUUAGUUUGUCUCGAUCUCUCGACCGCACCAUACUUACGACUCAGCCUCCCUAACCUGCGUGGAUUGAUUCACAACUACACAAGAUUGAAACAACUCUACCUUGAUGGUGUGAAUAUCUCUGCAAAUGGGAGUGAAUGGGGCAGUGCCAUAUCAUCUUCUCUCCCCAAUUUGAGAGUCUUGGGCAUGUCUAAUUCCUUCCUCACAGGCCCUUUCCAUCCUUCUCUGCUGAAUCUCCGAUCCCUCUCGGAGAUUCACCUAGAUUUCAAUAACUUCUCAUCUCCAUUCCCGGAUUUCUUCUCCGACUUCCCCGACUUGAAGGUACUCUCCAUGAGUUACUGCGAAUUGUCGGGCGUGGUACCUCCAAAGCUUUUCCAAAUCCGAAGCCUGCAGAGUGUCUACUUACGCGGAAACGAGCAUCUCGGAGGCUCCUUUCCUGAGUUUCCUGUUGAUGGAUCUCUUCAAGAGCUGGUCCUCAGCUGGCCAAGAUUUUCAGGGACUUUGCCGGAGUCUAUAGGCAAUCUUAGAAUGCUGUCGGAGCUCAGUGUUUCGGGUAGUAAUAUUUCAGGGUCAAUUCCUAGUACAAUACAAAACCUCAGACGCCUUGUCGUGCUGGACCUCUCGGGGAAUCAAUUUUCUGGUCAGAUUCCAUCUCUGGCUUUGUUCAAGAAUCUUACAGCAGUAUACCUCAGUGGUAAUAGAUUCACAGGCCAAAUUCCAGACUCCCUUUUUGAAGGCCUUGAAUAUCUUGUCUCUCUAGAUUUGAGUGGGAAUUCUUUAGAAGGUGAAAUCCCAGCAUCGCUGUUUCUUCUUCCGUCGCUUCAAGUAUUAUACCUUUCCGACAACAGCUUCUCUGGUGUCGCUCGAGUCUCGACAGAUGGCUCGUUAUCUCCAAUACGGAUUCUUUCCCUUCUUCACAACAAAUUUGAAGGUUCGAUACCUCGGAUCUUGUUUGAACUCAGUAGUCUUGAAGUUCUCUCUCUAUCUGGAAACAAGUUUAGUGGCGCCUUAGAGCUAACCGAUUUCCACAAGCUUGCUAAUCUUUCUACUCUUCGUCUGUCGUAUAACGACCUGUCUUUACAUGUGAAUGAAGAAGCAUCGAUGUCUGCAUUGUUUCCUCGAUUAGUAGAAUUGGAGUUGGUAUCUUGCAAGCUGCAGAAACUGCCCGAUUUUAGGAACCAUUCUUCACUAUUCAUGUUGGAUCUUUCCAACAAUGAACUAUAUGGCCCAAUUCCAAACUGGAUGUGGGAGAUUAACAAUGGGAAUCUAGGUUUCUUGAAUCUUUCUCAUAAUCAAUUAACUCAUCUUCAAGAACCUUAUAAUCUCUCAGGCCUGAUUUACCUUGACGUGCACGACAACAUGCUCGUUGGUCAGAUUCCGAUGCUUCUAUCAUCAUCAGCUAACGUUUUAGAUUUCUCCAGUAAUAGAUUCUCCUCCCUUCCUCCUUCAGGCCACCUCGACUCUCUCUCUCCUGCAGCGUUCUUCUCCGCUGCAGACAAUGAAAUCACGGGGGAGAUUCCGUUAUCAUUCUGCAACGCCAGCAUCCUCAGAGUGUUGGACUUGUCGAACAACAGAUUCAGUGGGAGAAUCCCUUCCUGUUUGGUGAAUGAUGCCCUCAGAGUGUUGAACCUGAAAGGAAACCGUCUUGAUGGAUAUAUACCCGACGCGUUUUUUCCAGUUGGUUGCAGUUUGGCGACUCUUGAUCUCAGCCGGAAUUCUCUGCGAGGAAAGCUUCCCGAAUCUUUGACUAGAUGCAGCCAGCUAGAGGUCCUAGACCUCAGCAACAACGCGUUGCACGACGCGCUCCCCUGCUGGCUCGAGGCUUUGUCUAGGCUUCGAGUUCUUGUCCUGCGCUCCAACAUGUUUCAUGGGAACAUCGGCAGCUUGGGAGAGACUGGUUCAUGGCGGAAUCUUCAUAUCCUCGACUUGGCUUCCAACAACAUUGGCGGCGUCAUGACUGCUGAAUUGUUUCGCAACUUGCAAGGAUUCAUGAUUGAUGCCACCCAACUGCAACGUGACGACAUCCUGCAACUGUCUGUGGAUGGCGUGAGCGGUGUUUACUACAGAGAUUCGGUGAAAGUUACUAUGAAGGGAAGCGAGCAUGAGCUGAAAAAGAUUCUCGGCAACUUCUCCUUGAUCGACUUGUCAUGUAACCAUAUCCAAGGAGUGAUACCAGAAGAAAUUGGAGAACUGAAGUUGCUUUAUGUUGUCAACUUUUCCCACAAUGCUCUCUCCGGCAAUAUCCCGCCGUCGAUGGGAAAUCUAGAGCAACUGGGAUCGUUAGAUCUGUCGUUCAACGCUCUAAUGGGAGAAAUCCCAAGGCAGCUUGAGGGAUUCACAACUUCGUUUGUAGGAAACGAAGGGCUCUGCGGCUUCCCUGUAAACAAAACCUGCAUUGGUGAUGGAGAAUCAUCCUUGUUGGACGCGGAUUCUUUGUCGGAGCACUUUUGUUUUGUAAGAGAUGGAGAAGUUAUCGCCGACGACUGUAAAAUGAGGACUGCAGGUGAUAGAAUCUUGGAGGCUUGA